AUGAAUGAAAUAAGCGACGAAAAGAUAAAAUAUUAUGCUAAACAACAAGUUUUAGAGGAAAUUCUGAAGCAAGAAGAUAUGCUAAAUGACUAUGAAAUGAAAAACAAAAAUAGUUUAGAUCUACAGUUGAAGAAUUUUAUUAGAAAUAAACGAGAUGAACUGGAAAAAAGGAAAAGAGACUUAGGCUUGGGGCAAUUUCCAAAUAAUCUGACUAGUGAGGGAUCUUAUGAAGAUAAAAAUGUUAAUGAGAAUGAAAGGGAUAGAAGGCUUAGGCUGAGAGCUGAAGAACGUGCUAGAAGAAUGGCUGGGUUUGAAUCGAUCUAUAAUGAACCAAAUAGUCUGGCAAACCCAAGAAGUAAUAUAAGCUUAAUGCAAGAGAGAUUUGAUCCUGAACAAAUUUAUGGGAAUUUAAAUCAAAGCUUAGCUAAACAUCAAGGACCUUUAAGAGAUGAAAUUCCAAGAGAAAGGCAGGAUUACGCGGACAAAAUUUUUCAAGAAAUGCUAACUCCCCCCCCCCCCUCCGUGAGCGAACAAAAAAAUUUGUUCGCUCACGGAGGGGGGUUAAUUUUUUUUUUUAAAAAAAAAUUUAUAUAUAAAUUUUAUAAAAAAUAUUUUUUUCGAAAUUUAAAAAAAUCCUAAUUUGCAAAAAUUGGGAAGCAAAUAUUAAUUUAAUUUGCAAAAUUUAUGUUUUAAAACGCAAUUUGUUUAAAAUUAAACAGAAUUAGCUCUAGAUUUCAUUACACUAAUUAUCACUUAUAUAUCAAAAUUUUUUUCCAUUAAAAUUUUUUCUAUUAAAAAAAUUUUUGUUCACUCACGGAGGGUGGGUUUUUUGUCAAAAAAAUGGCGAUUUUUCUAAUGGUUUUGUUCGCUCACGGAGGGGGGGGGGGGGAGUAAAUAAGAAGCCUAGAGAAUUUUGAGACAAAAAUGAAGAAUUUAGAAAGCCAGCUGAAAGAAUUGACCCAAGACCAAACAGAACUGAAAUUCAUUCAGCAAGAAGCCACAGCACAAAUGAUCUGAUAUUCGAAAAUUCUCUUCCGCCUUCAAACUACAACAAAUUCGACAAAAAUCAAUACAAGCAAGAUCUCUUAAGCCAAAUUUCCCAAAAACAGCAACAAAAACAAUUUCCGCCCAUUGAAGACCCAGCUCCUGAUCCUUUUCAUGCUCAGCCAGCUUCUGAUAUAAAUAAAAAACUAAAAUAUCGUGAAGAGCUUCAAAAACAAAUAGAAGAAAACAGACGCAGAAAAGAAGAAGAAAAAAAGCUUAUACAGAUGCAAGACGUCAGAUAUGAGAUGAAAUUUUCUGAUCAAUCUCAAGAAAGAUCAAUAAGAAGACAAAAAACAAUUGACCCAAAUAAACCAAGUGACGAAAAUCCCCAUGCAGAAAGAUAUAGAGAAUUCGCAAAACAUAAAUCAAUAGGUGGUGAAGAAAUGUAUCAUCCAAAAAUCAGUGAAAAUUCAUUUGAUAAUAGAGAAAUCCAGCAAUUUUCAGAAUUUCCGUCACCAAGAAUAAAUUAUUCGCCGAGUCCUCAUAAUCAAAAUUCGUUUAUUUCGCAGCAGCCAGAGAUUAAUCAAAGCUUGACUGAAUCUUAUUUGAAAGAAAUACAAGAAAUAAAGCAGGAAAGAGAUAAAGCAAGAGAAUGCAUGCUGGAAAUGAAAGAAAUGAUGCUAAAGGAAAGAGAAAAACAAAUUGAAAACAUGAUAACUAUGCUAAGAAUACAAAGUCCAAUGAAUCCUUAUCAAGCUCCAUUGGCACAAUAUCCUGUAAUCCAGCAGAAUCCUGCACCUUUAAUACAGCCUAAUCCUGUAUGAUCGAGACCACAAACUUAUCAAGCUGAUCCUAUGAAUAAUCAAAGAGUAUUUGCAGCAGUCAGCACCCAGCUACCUUAUUAUGCAAAUGAAGCGCAAACUCCUAAGCCAGAUUUCCAAAGCUAUGGCCCUAAAAAUGAUGAUCUUAUUGAUGUAAAUCCGAUUCAGACGAAUUACCUUCAUAUUUUAGCUCCGCAAGAGCCAGAAGUGUUUGAAAGCUCAUUAAGAGGUCAUAGUAAAUUUGUACCAACUGAUAUGAAUUGGGGAAAUUUGCAUUUAUACGAAAUCACACAAUUGCCAAAAACUGCAGAAAUUGUGGAAAAAUCCAGCAAAAUUCCUGACUCCUCCUAUAAGACCACUGGAAAAUCCCCAAUUUUUUUGGUAAAAAUCCUACCCUUUGUGAGUGAACAAAACUUUUUAAAACAUAUUUCGAUAUGUAAGUGAUAAUUAUUAUAAUGAAAUCUUAGCUAAUUCUAUUUAAUUUUAAACAGCUUGUAUUUUAAAACAUAAUUUGCAAAUUACUUCUCAAUUUUUACGAAUUUGUAUUUUUUUUUUAAAUUUCGAAAAAAAAAAUUACUAUAAAAUUUAUUUAUAAAUAUUUAAAGAAAAAUAAUUAACCUCUCCGUGAGAGAACAAAAUUUUUUUUGUUCGCUCACGGAACGGGGGAGUGAGAUCCCUAAUUUUUUACCAAAAACCUCAAUGCCUAACCCUACUUUUAAAGAAAACCCAAUACAAAAUCUCAAAAAUAUAGAAGCAAAUGAUGAAUCAUUACCAUCAAACAUCGAAUUUUUCCAGCUAAGAAAAAGCCAAAUGGAGCCUGUAAAAAUCGUAAUCCAGCCAAAAAUUGAAGAAAAUAAAUUUGAAGAAGAAUCCAUAGACGAGGCUUAUUCUGAACAUUUUGAAUCAGAUAUAGAAUCAGAGCCAUAUGAAAAUGAAAUUGUCACCCCUGUCUAUGAAAUCGAAAUGGGAGUACCAAAAUUUGGGUCUUUUGAAGAAUUCAGCUCAGGACUAGUCCCAAAUGUCCAAGAAACCCCAAGAGCCGAAACCAGAAGGCUUAUCCUGGAUAAGCCCAAAACUAUUGAUAUUUUUAAUAAAAAAUCAAAAAUCACCCAAAAAACUUUGACACCAAAAACAGGGUCUUGUGCUUUUAGCAGGCUUGAAGAAGCUAGAAAACAUGCAAAUGAGCAAGAGUCUUUAGACCUCUCUGAAGAAAUGGACAAAAUUUUUGAGGAAAAUCCAAAGCCAAAACUCCAGCUUAAUCAGAAUUUUUAUGACGAAAUGAUAGAUGGCGGAGAAUAUGAAAGUUCGUACGACUCUCGGCCUGGUGGAAAUUAUUUUGGAUAUCAGAAGAAUGACUCGAGCGUUCAAGAUUCAGGGCUUCUUGAUAUAGGAAAACUAGUAUCAGAAAUACCAAUUUUUGGGUUUGGGAGAGCUGAUAAUUAUGAAGGAUCAUCUUCAGGUCUAAGAUCUGGAAGUGGCCAAAGGUCGCUUUCAAGGAGAUAUGAAGAAGACUAUGAUUUAUAA